AUGCUCUCGCUACCGGCGGCCAUCAACACUGGUCACGUGAGUGUCCAGAAACAAUAUCCGCUGGGCGUGGGUAUAGCUCUUCGCGGAGACCAGGACAAGUACCCGGUGGAGUCAGAGCUUGUUUGGACUACACCAGAACUGCGUCACCGAUCCUACAAGGUUAAUUACAUUCGCAAGUCUGACACUGGGAAGAGGGACGUUCUCGCGGCACUGGAUGAAGACGUCAUUGACCAGCACAGUGGAGAGAUCGGCAAAAUAAUACUAGGGGCUUCUACUAGCAGGGGGGAACCAAGUCACGAGACGAGAAAAUCAAGUGUUGAAUCCGUUGACACCGUGUCAUGCCUGCAAAAGCCACAACGAUUCAACAUCAAGGAGGCAAUACUUAGGGACAUUCUGAGUUUGGAAUUCGACGGCCAGGAGACGAUUGUAAGUGUCGAUUUGACAACAGAGGCAACCGAAGACUCCAAUGGUUCAGACUCAAACCCUGGAGAGCCAUCGGAUGUUGACAUAUAG